AUGCCAGGCCUUUUGCACUUCCCCAUCCCGCGGAGGACCGACUCCAGCUCCCCGCCGCCCUACGAGCUCGACCACCACGACUCCAAGAUCCUGGCCAAGGUCAUCAAGCGUGCAACCUCGCCCAGCCGCGCUAACAUGGAUGCCUUCAAGCGCCACAGCCUCGGUGGCCGCCACAAGUCUGAGCGGAAGAGCGCCACCAAGCUGGACACCGCAAAGCCCGCCAAGAUGAACCUGCUCGUCGAGUCUCCUCCGAUCGUCCUGUACAACAGCCCGCAGAACUCCACCGGCGCCAUCUUCUCCGGCCAGCUCCUCGUCGAUGUCACCGAGCCCGAGAUCACCAUCGAGAAGUUCGAGAUGAAGCUGCUGGCCACCAGCACCACCAAGGAGCCCGUUGUCAAGCAGUGCGCCGACUGCACCUCGCAAACCACCGAGCUGAAGCAGUGGACCUUCAACCAAGGUCAGCUGAUCCUGAACAAGGGCGAGCACCAGUUCCCCUUCAGCUACCUGGUCCCUGGCCACCUCCCCGCCUCGACCAACAACCCCCUCGUCGUCCUCGACUACCACCUUGCUGCCGAGGCCACCACCUCCUCCGGCGAGGUCAUUACUUUUGGCCGCAGCAUCAUCAUCAAGCGCGCCAUUCUGCCCGCCAACGACAAGCACUCCGUCCGCAUCUUCCCUCCCACCAACCUGACUGCUUCCGUCACUCUGCCCAACGUUGUCCACCCCAUUGGAGACUUCAACGUGGAGAUGCGCAUGUCUGGCCUGGUCGAGGAGAAGAGGGACAAGUCCACCACCCGCUGGAAGCUCCGCAAGCUCAACUGGCGCAUCGAGGAGCACACCAAGUUUGUCUCGCCUGCUUGCCCCAAGCACGUUUCCAAGGUCGGUGGUGAAGGCAAGGGUAUCAUCCACGAAGACACCCGUGUCAUUGGCUCGGACGACGUCAAGCACGGCUGGAAGACCGAUAUUCAGAACGACACCAUUGAAGUCGAGUUCCAGGCCAUGGUCAACCCGCUCAUGAAGCCCGCUUGCGACGUUCAGGCUGAGAACGGCCUGGAGGUCAAGCACAACCUUGUCGUCGAGAUGGUCGUUGCCGAGGAGUGGGCUCCUGACAACAAGCCUACUCAGGUUACGCCUACUGGUGCCGCCCGUGUACUGAGAACCCAAUUCAACCUCGUCCUCACCGAGAGAGCAGGCCUUGGAAUCUCGUGGGACGAAGAGCAGCCACCUCUAUACGAUGAAAUCCCAGCCUCACCUCCCGUGUAUAACGAGGAGUUGACUGUUCGCGAUCUGGAAGAGAUCGAACGCCUUUCGCUAAACCACUCUUAA